GAAAUGAGAGGGCAGAUAAAUUAGCAAAAGGGGCAAUUCAAAAUCCAAUUAGCAUUAAAGUUAAAACAAGUAAAGCUGAAGGAAAGAGUAUAGUUAAGGAAAAACUGACGGAAAAGUGGCAGGAAAGGUGGGAUGAAGAAAUAACAGGAAGAUGGUAUUAUAAGAUUCAGAAGAUGGUAGGAGAAAGAAGAAAUAGAAAAGAGGAAAGAGUGAUAACAAGGAUAAGAUUUGGGCAUACAGGACUUAACUACUCACUUUUUAGAAUUCAAAAGCAUGCAACUGGUAAAUGUAAGUAUUGUGGAGAAUGGGAAACAGUAGAACAGGUUAUUCUAUUAUGUGAUAAAUAUGAAAGAGAGAGGAGAUAUAUGAAAAAAGAGUUUGAAAGUAUUAAGGAAAUUUUUAAUUUAAUAGAUAUUUUGAGGAAGAGUUUUGAGAGCAAACAUACAAAUAGUUAUUCGAUUUUUAAAGAAAACUAAGAUAUUCAGUAGAAUUUGAUAGAGUAGACAUAAGAGUUAAUGUAUGGAUGAUAGUGAUGAGUAGAAUAUAAAUAUGGAUGUAAGUAUGUAUGUGUAGGUAUAAAUAUAAAUAUGUUUUUUCUUUUUUUUGUGUGUGUAGGUGUAUGUAUGAAUAUAUAUAGGUAUAUAUAUACAGAGAGAGCGUUAGACCAACACGAGCCACACUCCAUACCAGUAAGUGGCGGUAAUGCUACUCUAAGUUUGUUGCCAACCGCCAAUAAACACAACAAGAAGAAGAAGAAGAAGAAGAAACGUAGAGGAAGCAGGAAGUUUGUGUUCGCUGGUUUUAUGUUUGUCCAGUUUUUCAUUAAUUUUGAAAACGAUCAUCUUAAGCUCCAUAUUUUAUAAAGCGGGGUCAUUAUUAUUGCUUCAGAAUAAACUGGUUUAUUUAAGCAGACCAGAGACAGAAGGAGCGGUGUCUUUUUAUCGGCGCUAGCUAGCUGCUGCUGAAGCUGCUGUGAAGGAGAAACAUCUCAGUUGUUGAGAGUGAAGACUCCAGGGCUGCAGUUUGGAUGAAAAGUACAGUGGACACCAACAUGAUUAAGGAAAACCCGUGGAAGAUACCUCCCAACGCCCCUGCGUGUAUGGAGAAGCACCUGUGCGCGGCUCGGUACCGAGCAGAUGGCAUGCUGCUGCUGGGAGCCUCCAGCCUCUCUGGCAGAAACUGGCAAGGAUCCGUUUGGAUCUACAGCGAACCGGAGCAAGCCCCCAGCGAGGGGCUCUGCAAAGCUGGAGUGCAGACUGAGGCUGGGGUCACAGAUGUCCAGUGGGUGACUGAAAAGGGAGUGGCUGUCGCCUCAGAUUCGGGCGCCCUGGAGCUCUGGGAACUGGCAGAGGAUGAGCGCCUGCUGAUGAAUCGCUUCACCAAAUAUGAACAUGACCACAUUGUCACCACUGUGAGCCCCAUUACUGGAGCAAGCAGUGCUGUCACUGGCAGCAUGGACUGCAGAAUUAAAAUCUGGGACCUCAGUCAGGAAACAGUUGUCACCACCUACAACGUUCACACAGAGCCUGUUAAUUGUGUUGCCUGCAGUCCGACAGAUGAGUCUCUCUUCGUCUCCUGUGGCCAAGAUGGUCGUGUGUUGAUGUGGGACAGGAGAAAGCCGGAUAAACCAGCCUCAAGAAUAGAUGUUGAAUUUCCCAGUUGCUCUCCCACGACUGCUGUUUGGCACCCCCACCAGAGAAGCACUAUUGCUUUUGGCGAUGAGAUGGGCAAUGUGUCUGUUAAAGAUUUCCUGGGAUCAGAACCGGCACAGGUGAAAAAAAUACACAGCCGCAGAGUUAACAGCCUGGCCUUCUCUACAAAUAGUGUCCCUUUGCUAGCCUCUGUUAGUGACGACUGCUCCCUUGCUGUUAUAAACUCUGAACUUCAAGAAAUUUUCAGAGAUCGGCGACACCAGGACUUUGCUAAAGGUGUGAGUUGGCUUCACGGUGAUUGCAACAGGCUCACGACUGUCGGCUGGGAUCAUCUCGUGCUUCACCACACCAUCACUCCAAAUACUGAGUCCUCAUCUUAGACCUGCAUGGUCACAAGUGGCAUAUCAGUGUGUCCAACAUCAGUCCUUGGAGGCUGGUGUCCUGCGUGUUUUUAUUUCCCUGGUUCAACACAACUGAAUCAAAAGGCGGCUCGUCUACAAACCUCUGUCGAGCUUUGACAUUCUGGCAGGACACCAGAUCUGGAGGACUGGAUCUGGACACUCAUUGAUGAUUGAAUAUAACAUCUUAUUUAGGAGAAGUGAAUUGAAACAUCCAACUCACAGAUAUGUGCACAUUAUUUUGUGUAAGGAUCUUCUCUGUCUGGUGGAACUGGUUCAUGUUGUGUAGCAUCUCCAUAUUUGCACCAUAGACUUUUACAUUAAAGGAAAGCUAAAGCUGU